AUGGUACUGACCAAUGGUCAAACAUCAACAGCAGUGACAUAUCACAAUUUGAGUUCGACCCCUAAUCAAGCUAAUUGUAAAGCAACUGCCAACAUUGAAAAAUCUUUGAAAGUUCGAAAUAUCAAGAAACCUAUGUCAAUGUACCACCGGUCGGGAAGGGGCUACUCAUUGGAGUAUUGUGAUGCAAUGGAUAAUUAUGAAAGGGAGGCUGACAAGUUGGCUGUGCUUGGUGGCCAUGCAGACACACAUUCAGAUUCUGGUAUCAGCCGACAUAGGAAAAUGUCUUUUCGUAAAGACAUCAUUGAUUUGCCCAAAUUUCCUUCACCAUGGUCACAGAAUUUAUCUGUCAUCUCAGCUCCGGCACCAGUCAUCUACAAAUGUGACCUGUUAAAUAAUCAUCGCUUCUCAAGCCAGACACUAGGGGGCUCUCCAACACCUGCAAUGACUGUCUCAGCCAUGACAGGUCUAAAGGUACCUCGGAGUUUGUACUCAGCCGGACACAUACAUAAACAUAUCAAAUCACGCACACAACAGAAACCAGCAUCACCUCACAGCUGA